AUGACAGCUUGGACGAUGUUUAGUUGGAGGAGAUUGUACAGUGGCAGGGUAGAAGUGGGAGAGGAGGCUGGGGUGGAAUUACCAGCUGAUACAAGACAACUAGUGUAUAACGUGUACGUGUAUUUCAGUCGGCGUCCAGGAAGAAGCGCCAAGACAUCUCUGGCGAAAACCGCACGAGCAACUAUGCUGCCAAAAGAUAUUGUUGCUGAGAUCAUACGAGAUAGGUGCAGAGACUGA